AAAAUACUAAAUACAAUCUUCUUUAAAAAAAAAAAAAAAAAACUAUAAAACUAAACUAAAAAAUUGUACUGACCCCAAACAUUUAAUUGAUAGUUUAUUGUGGUUGGGGGAGAAUGCUUCAUUCAUGAAAAAAAAAAAAAAAAACGUUUUUCAGCAUGAUUUGAGUAAAAUGAAGAAAAUUUAUGACAUUAACAUUGUCAGAUUUUGUUGUUGACUUUGAUGUAACAAAAAGAACGCUUGGCAGACAGUUUUGGAUAUUUCAGCCUCUCCUUGUUCAAGUUGUACUUGCAUAACUAGAAAAUAGCUGCUCAGAGGAGUUACUGAGUGAACUGAUGUGCCUUUAAGAGACUUUGAUCUUACUUUCAACUCUGAGGGCACAAUAUUACCAUUCACAAUAUAGAACAAUAGUACCAUUCACAAAAUCCUACCUGUGGCAUACUAAUCAGAUUAUUAAAUCAAACCGAAAAGCUCAGAAAACUGGUUCAUUCUGCAGCAAAGUCCGGGCAAUGAGUUUAUAGGCCGAUAGUAUUGUCAUUUGCAGUGCAAUUUUAAGUUUACCAAGUAGUCAUUGUAGCCUAGUGACAGAUAUUUUCACAGCUAGCAAACCUUAGACUGACGUCUCUGAGUUUUUACAGCUAAAUAAACAUUGGCUGCUUUUUCAGUUGGAUGGGCAGUUCUCCUCCAGCCCUGAUUGGUAGAAUGAACACAGAAAGGAUUCAAUGUAACCAGAGGAAUUUAGAGUGUGCAUGCGACUCUCAUAAACAUCUGACCCCUCACUUUACACACUCGGUUCCUCCUCUAGUGCUACCUUUCUAGUUUUCCCUUCUCUGCAUGUAUGCUCAAGAUCUGGGAACGUAUACCAGAGUGAACUAAAGUUUGUUUGUGGUCGCUGUGAAUAUUCUCGACCAUGAAGUGGAGGGUGGUGCUAUUUGCUUUUCUUGUUUCUCUUUUGAUCAUUCAGUUUGGUAUGUGCCAAAAGAUUGAACCUGACCCGAAGACCAAAGCUGAGAAGAGACCAAAUGGAAAGUCCAAGACUGUGAAGGGGCCAGGAAAGGGAACCUCUUCCAAAUCUAAAGUGAAAACCACUCCUGAAACCCCCAAAGAAGCCCAGACAUACCUCACCCAGGUGGUAAACAAGGGAAAGUUCCAGAAAGUGGGCGACACGCUGACUGUCCAAGCAGGUGAUGUGUUAGAGCUGAGGUGUAAAGGAAAUCCUGUCCAGUGGGCUGUUCCUGCAUAUCUGGAAGAGGAUGAUGAAGGACGACUCAGGACAGUUCAACAUGAACGUUAUGGCACACUGACUUUGGCAAAUGCAACAGCAGCAGAUACAGGGGAGUACACUUGCUAUCCCAUGUACUGUGAGGAUAAAGACUGCAGAAAACAAUAUGACAAAGGUGUCAAAGUCUUCAUCUUUUUCUCAGACCCUCAGGAGUUGUUUGUACCUUCCUCUGAUUAUUACGAGGUCAUUCAGCUUCGCACUAACUGGCCCACCGUCCUGCCAUGUCAGGUGACAUCUCCACUAGCAAAGGUGACUUUACACCGGGAAUUUCCUCCAAUGGAGGUGAAAGUGGAUGGACGAGAGAUCUCCUUUGAUGUCAAGAAGGGCUUCACCAUCCACAGGCCGAAACAGUAUCAUGCUGGUUCUCUCUACUGUGUGGCAAGCCUGGGGAACCUUCGCCAGAGCUCAACCAAGUACAUGCUCAUCUAUGUCAACUAUCCAGCCGCCCCUCCGUUUCCUGCAGUCCAGACAUCCUCUGACACUGUGGCAGUGGGACAGAAUCUCCAGGUGACAUGCACUGUGGUGGGAGAGCAGGACGUGGUGGUAGAUUUUACCUGGGAAUAUCCUGGGCAAAAGAUUGGGCGCCCGAUGUACACCCAGGACAGUGUGCAGACAGUGCAGGUGGAUGGGCAGAACCGACAGCGAUCGCAGACAGUACUGCUGGUGGAUGAGGUCAGAGAGGUUGACCAAGGAACAUACACCUGCACAGCUCAGAACCUACAGGGUUCAAGGUCUGCAUCUACCUCUGUCAAAGUGCAGUCAGCACAAACCAACACCAAGCCUAAGAAACCAUGAAGCGCUGUCAAAGAAGUCCCACAGAAACCUGAAAACCUGGAUCAUGUCAAUCAGAUAUGUAAGCAAUAAAGUACGAGAGGCUGUGCUGUAUCGUGACGUGAAUAAGUCAUUGUUAGGCACGACGCAAAGCAGAGUGCCUGCAACCCCUUCAGCCGUGACUUAUUCACGAUAGAGCACUAGCCUCUCGUACCUUAUUGCUUUUAUAAAACGGUUACCACACAAUACAAAUAUUAAAGCCAAAAAUAUGU